CCGUUGCAGGCUGGAAAACAGCUGGAGCUCCACCUUUUUCUUUCUUUUUUUUUAUGCUAGCAGCUAGGAUUAGGGUUUUAAGAUUCAUCCCUCUGUUCUCCUAUAAAUAAAGGGUUGUUUUCUCCCCUUAGCAGCAACAGCCACUCUCCUUCUUCUUCAUUUUCUUUGUUUCGUAUUUCAUUUCUUCCUUUGAUAGAUAGCCAGUUUCAUCCUUUUUUUUUUUUUUUUUUUUUUUUUUGAAAGAGCCAGUUUCAUCUUAAGAAAGCAAGAAGGAGUGUUUCAUUUCAUAACUAUAGUAGCUUGCUUCUUUUGUUAGCAGCCAUAAAACACUUCUUCUUUUCUCAUUUAUUCCUUGCAUCGUCUAAUGGCGGAAGAAAUGCAGCGGGUGCUAACAAAGAUGGCGAAAACUUUUGGCAGCGUAGGUAACCUUCCUUUCUUCUCCGCAACUUCUAUGCCGAGAUAUCAUCGGCAAUACACUUACAACCCCUUUUUUUUUAUGAUGUGCAGCUCUUUUCACCAAAGCCACUCUCAUUUGCGUGGUUCCGUUCUAGCAGCGGUUGAGGGUAGAGCUAGAAGCCGAUAGUAGCGGCAGCAGCGGAAUUUUUUGGGUCUCCGAGUUACGCCGUCGUCGUCAACUGCAAGACUUACGUUGAGUCCCAUCUGCCACAGUUGCUUGAGGUACCGCCGAGAACCACCCCUCUUUUUUCUUCAAUUUGAACUGUGCUUCCUUUUAGAGAGAGGAGAGAUUUUUGAGCUUGGAAUCGUCGAAGGGCUUGCGAGUUGGCGAACUCGUGGCAGCAGUAUUGACACUCGUAUUUCCGGCCGUCGGAGGCGGGGAACUCGGAAUCUUUCAAGGUGGAGGAGGAUCGGCAGAGAGAGUGGAGACUAUGGGGUUGCGCAUGUAGGAGGCGGCGGCGUCGAUCUUCUUGGAGUAGUCGGCGGGGAUGCCAUCCCAGAUGGUCCACAUUCUGUCGACGUUAGCGUGAUGGCAGUAGAACAUAGGGUCCCUGCCGGCGGAGUAGAAGUUGCCCAUGUCUUCGUUGAACUCGUUGUCGGGGUCUGGGCUCGGAGCAGUGCGUGCAGCUGCUGGCGGAGGCGGGAGCCGACAUCAACUACAGGGACGUCAGCGGCGGCCUGACGGUGCUCCACAUGGCCGCCGGGUACGUGAGGCCCGGCGUGGCGAAGCUGCUGGUGGAGUACGGGGCCGACGUGGAGGCCGCGGUCGAUCGGGGGCGGACGCCGCUGCAGCUGGCGCGGGAGAUCCUGAAGUCGACGCCACAGCUGCAGUUCGCGCGGCGGCUGGGGCUGGAGAGCGUGUGUCACGAUGGUGGUCUUCAAAGAUAUUGUGGUCAAGGGUCAAGACUAUUUGCUGAUUUUGAGUGAUGAUGAGCAAGAGACGGAAAUGGGCAUGCAUCUAAGAGUAUUUCCGGCAUUGAUAGGCCACUAUGUGAAACCUUGGCCCAAACUUUUGAAUUCUCUAUAUCAGUCGGAAUGGACCAGCGAGAUCAGUUUGAACAAAGCGUCGAAGGCUCAUACAUUGCAUCCGGCCCGUCCUUGGCAAAGCAAGGAAUCCAAUUUUCUAUUGACUUUGAGGCGAAGGAUCAUCGAUAAAGAUGCCAAAUGGGGAAGGGUUACAAGCUUUCGUGGGGAAUUUCAUUUCUUUGAAGGCUAUUGGGAGUGGACUGAAGAUAUCCUUAGCCGCUGCGGGAAUGAACUCCGAGUUGUUGGUAUCUAUGAUGCAGUUUAUGCUUCUCUUUUCACUUAUGAUUGCCAGCCCGAGAUGGUUAAAGCGUUCUGUGAAGCUUGGUGUCCUGCGACGAACACCAUUCUCACUUCAUCUGGCGAGAUGUCUAUUUCUCUAUGGGAUUUACAGUAUCUAUCAGGGCUUCCGUGUACCGGGACACUGUAUGAUGAGGUUGUACCCUGCGCGAAAGAGAUUCUUGGCAAAGAUCAGUUUGGCAACCCGUUCAUUCCCUUGAGUUGUAGAUAUUUACUCUCUGCUUACUAUUCUCUUAAGCAUCGUGAUGGCAAGGAUCCUAAGAGCUCGGUUUCUAUCGAUGAAUGGAUCAAAUUUUGGUCGAAGAAAGCUUCAAAGUAUUCUCAUCCUCCUGCUCGCAGGGCAAAGAAAUCUCAACGCCCCAAAUCGACUUAUAAUCCGAGUGGUUCAUUUGAAGCGCAUCAACCAUGGUCUUCUGAAGAAAGGGCUCCAUUCAUCGAGCUUGAUGCUAGUGACAAGUAUCACACCACUAUGUACUUGGCAGCUCAUAUAGCUUGCUGGUUGUGUAUCUUUGUUUUUCCAGAUGGUGAUGCCAUGUCGAUUAGACCAACCUCUUUCAAAAUGGCAAGUUUGAUGGCGUGCAAACAGAAAGUUGCCCUUACAGCUCCAGUUCUAGCCAGCAUCUACAAAGGGUUGAACACUAUCUCUAGUUCUAUGGAGCCUUCUCUUGUCCUGGUGACGCUACCCUUUCAUUUCAUAUAUGGUUGGAUAGCGCUCUAUUUCAACACUCACAUUCCCCUUCCAAGAAGCCUUGGUGUCGCCAAGAUGACUCUAUACUCAGGCGAAGGAGCUGCGAAGUAUUAUCUGCCUGUUGCGUGCCGCGAACGAAUUCAGUCGUACAAUUCGAUUCGUUGGAAUUGUACCACAUUCACCAAGGAAGAUGACAUUUUCUAUGUCGAUGGUGAAAAUACAAGAGAGAUUGAGCAAUGCUUCUUCAUGGCUAUUCGCUCGAGUUUUUUGGUUCGCCGGCUGGAUGACCACUUCAUCGUGGAGUCUUAUGGUCCUCACCGCUUCAGCCGUCAAUUUAGCUAUUACCAAAUCGUACCCAGCAGCCUUACUCAGAACAUUCGAAGGACAUCUUUGGAAGAAGGUCUCAACCUUUGGCGCAUGUGUUUGCUGCACAGAUCGCGAUCAAGGGCAUGUUUUCCACGAUCUUCUUUGGACAUGAAGAUACAUUGUUCAGUCGACUAUAAGACUUGGUGGGAUAGGACGUACAGAUUUUCUUUUGAAGACAAAAUCUCUUCUCCGGCUCAUAUCACUUUUAAAAGAAAAGAUCAGGAAGAAGCAAUCAACUCCAAAGAUGGAAAGAGGAAGGUCGUCUCUACCACCCUCAUAGCUGAUUCUGGUAGUAGCAAUUCUGAGCGUAAUUGGAAAAAGAAGAGAAUUGCGGGGUCCUCAAAACCGGCCGAGGGUCACGUUGAGGAAGAGCCAACUCUAGUGGAUGCCGAUGUGAACAAGACUUUGAAAGAAGUGUUUGGAAAUAAUCUUGAGAAGGGCUCACCAAUCGACUGUGUAUCCAUUGAAUCCAAUAAGUCAAACGAGAUUCCUUGUCUUGCUAAACAAUCCCACCCCCGACCAAUGCCAUCAUGUGGGGCGCCUUCCGAGUUCAAUGCCACACGCAUGAUCGAUGAUGAACUCAAGUCGUGCUGCAGGAUCAUCUGGGGAAAGCUUCGUGACAAGGUUGAGAGAACCAAAGUCGAGUUUCUAUCGGCGCUUGAAGACGAGAUACGGAGUGGCCUUUCCCGUAUGAAGAUUAUUUGUGGUCUUGACCUUUCCAACCUUGAAGAUAGUAUUGAUGAACUAUUCUCCAAAGCCACCACUUUUGAUAAAGUAAGGUCGGCUUCUCAUGAGAUCAAUGAAGGCCACACACUCAAAGUUCGAGAGGUCAAGGUUUGCCUUCAAGAGAAGUUUGCCAAAGAGAAGAAGGAUGCUGCGAAUUGUGAUGCUUUAAAAGCGGAUCUUGAUGAGUUGGAGAAACGCAAGAAAGAAUUGUUGGUGUCUUUGGAGCAGCGAAGCCUGAUACUCAAGACUACUCGUGGUGAGAUCAAGGUACUCAAGGAAGACCUGGCCAAGCUUGAAGAGGCUUCGAGAAAUGAUGAGGUCUUGAAGAAUUUGGAUGCCUUGAAGCUUUCACUAGAGUCUAUGCAGCAGAUUUUGAGAGAUCAAGACCCUUUUGCUUAGUAUAUUGCAUUUUUAUCAUUCCUCUUUUGAUGAUUCUCAUUUGGUUUGUCAUGGAUAUUUUGACAUCUUCUCCCAAUGCUUGUGCUUCUUUUGAUGACUUGAUUUCUUUGCUAUUUUGGAAUGAAACGUCUUUGGCUUCA